CCUGUUCCUCAGUACACAGGGAGCAGCCAGAGGGAGAGGAGGUGUGUGUUAUGGUGUGUGGUUCGGUGUGAGUGUUGACCUUAAGUAGCCAAGAUGGCCAGCUCGAACAAGGAUGAUUCGCUCCCUAUUGAGCAGCGGGGCAGUCAAAUUGUCCAUGUGCGUGCUGACAGUGACAGCGAGCUGCAGGCCCUGUUCGAGGUGGUGCUGAAGCCCUCGAGCCAGGUGCCCCUGCAGAAGCCCUUCAAGAUGCGCAAUCUACCCGCAUCCUUCUUCACGCCCCCCGCCCACCGUCAGUCCCCCGCCCCCACCGUCACCCAUUCUCGGGAGGGUUCUGCGGACUCCACCUACAUCGGGAAUGGCGUGGGCGCCAUAAGGGUGCCGGGCGCCAUAUCCCCUAACGCCGCCCAUCAGCACUUCCGCCACCACUCGUCGCCAGCUUCGCUGCAGCAGACGUUCGCCGUGGCUCAGCAGCAGCCACAGGUCGCACAUCUGAAGCAGCAGAGUUACGACCUCAACGAUGACAUGGGUAGUCUUCCCCCGGGCUGGGAACAAGCCAGGACUCCACAGGGACAAAUUUACUACCUCAACCACCACACGCAGUCGACGACGUGGGAGGAUCCCCGCAAGACAGUGCUGAAGCAGCGACAACGGCAACAGGCGGCCCAGCCCCACGUGGCCGUCUCCCAGCCCAGUCAGCAGGGACCCCCUCAGCCCCCACCCUCCUCCCAGGCCAGCACUCAGCAGGCCGUGGCGUUGGUCAACGGCAACCUGGCCCCUCUGCCGGAGAGCUGGGAGCAGGCUGUGACUCCUGAGGGGGAAAUCUACUUCAUUAACCACGAAGACAAGUCUACCUCGUGGUUCGACCCCAGACUACUUGGGUUGUCGUCAGGGAGUAGCGACGUGAGCGGGGCUCGCCUCUCCGUCCUUUCCACAAGGAAGCGGUGGCGCAAGAGUGCCCUGGUGGCCUCCUCGCCGCCGCCGCCAGCACCGCCGCCGCCGCCGCCAGCACCGCGUCUGUACACCACCCGACACCUACAAACGGCAGCUCUGUUAAAUGGUGUGCAGCCUCCACAGCACUCUCAGGCAGGAUCACAAUCAGCUGGACAACAACAACAAACCCAGCAACAGGCACCACAGCAAGUGAGCCACCAGCUGCCACCUCUGGCACCCACGGUCAGCUCCUCAACAGCAGCUCUCCAGGCCAGGCAACAGACACUACGGCUUCAGCGCCUCCAGAUGGAACACGAGAGACUGAGGCUGCGGCAGCAGGAGAUCAUUAAGACUGAACAAUCAUUGCGCAUGAGUCUACGGGAGGAAGCGGGACCACAACAGGUACAACAGUCACAACAACAGCAGCAGCAACAGCAGACAGCACAAACAGUAGCCCAGCAGUCCACACAGCAAACCUCACAGCAGCAGCAGCAGCAGCAGCAGCAAGGUAGUGAGCUGGUGCUGACCUCUGCCGGCCUGACUUUAUCCUCGGCCCCGCAGACAGUGACCUCGGUGACUACAUCUGCAGCUGAUCCUUUCAUCGCUACGACAGAUUUUCACUCCAGGCAGGAAUCGGCAGAUAGUGGACUUGGCCUGGGAACCAACUACUCUCUUCCUCACACUCCAGAGGAUUUCCUGGCAUCAAUGGAGGAUGUUGAGAUCACACCAUCUGAUGCCGAGAUGAAAACUUCUCCAGCAAACAACAUCCUUGAGGCACCUGAGCUGGAGUCCAUGGAUUCUGAGGAUCUUGUCCCAUCAAUACAGCUAAAUGAUGACUUGUCUACCGAUUUUAUAAAUGACAUGCUGGAGACAACCAAAAUGGAUAAUCUUCAUACGUGGUUAUAAAGGAAGAGGGGAAGAAAAUUUAAAAUGAGAAAAAAAAAUCUCGUGCUUAUUUAGUGGUGAGAAGACUAAUGCCUGGGGACAAAUAGCAUUACAUGUAGUGUCAAUUUGGUUUCAUUGUUUCCUGGCUAGGUAAAAUAAACCUCUCAAAGGCUUAAGUAGGCAGAAGGCAUUUUCAUUGUCUAUGUGGAUAGACAGAAAAUUAUGCAAUCCUGCUUUAUGCAAAAAAAAAAAAAAGCUUUUGUGAGAGGCAACAAGAAAAUAGGCCAGGAUACAAGUACCCAAAUUUAAUGUUUUAGUACCUCAUAGGUGAGAAUGAAUGUUGUGCAAGAAUUUGUAAUGUUGAAAUACGCAGUCUGAAUAUGCCAGAAACUGUAUGUGAAGUGAACAGUGGUACAAUAAAAUGGCAGCAUUAAUAUAAUGGUGCAACUGUGUAUUUGCGUGAUACAGAAAGUACCAUGAAUUUGGGCUCUCUACGCUGGAUGUAUGGUUUGUUUUCACCUUUGAGGGAAUGUUAGCCACAAAAACCAGGCUGUGGGGGUCAUUUAGAUAGCCUUAAAAUCUGAAAAUAAAAGUGAAUGCUUGAAGCCAUAAUUGAGUGAUAAAGGGGAAGUUUGAGAGAUACUGUGCCCAACACUGAUCUCCUACGGCUUCAACGGUAAUUUAGGCAAAAAUGCCCAAGUUUUGUAUGUGAUGGAUUAGUGCCUACAGACUACCAAGUUAUACUCUUAUUAAGAGAGAGGUUCCCUAUAUUGGAAAUCUCCCAUAUUGUAGGUUAAGUUCUGUUUUGUGAAUACCUUUGUGGUUUUAUCACGUGCAUUUAGGACUAUUAUAUUUUUGGAGGUUUAUCUCAUUGCCUCUAUCCUCUCCAUAUAUCAAGUGAUUAACAAUCAAUCUUACCGUCCAGUUCUGCCUUGAUCAGUAAAAUAUUGCCGGACUUAAUCAUGUUACAGAAUAAUUAUAUUUAUUAAUGAUAGCUAAUUGUCAUGUAAAUAGUAUUUGGUUAUGUUCUUGUUUAAGAAAACUCACUAUCUUAAUAUAAGUACUCAGUAAUAACAAAUAUUUAAAUAAAAGGCAUUAAUUAAUUUUAGAUACAGGCAGCUGUUUUAAUACAGAAAAUGAACUAUCACAAAAAUUAAUGGGAAUCUAUCGAUCCUUUUGGACAAUGCACUCAGUGCUCCUUUUUAUUUGCAAGACAGUGGAGCAAUCUGUUGUUUGCAUUUUAUUUAGUUGACUUGUGUUUUGUUGGCUGUUAUGCUCCUUCCAUCUGUGGCUACCCUAGUUCCUGUUGUGUUAUCAUGUGCAGCAGUUCUUGCAUCUUUUGGCCUCUAUUGCUUCUCUUAGUACAAGUGUAGUUAAUGCUAUACCACACCUUAAAUAAAGGCUGUAUUUUCGUAUUUUUUUUUAUAACUCUACAGUAUUACCGUUAUUGGUAUUUAGUAAUACUAGUAGCUCAUAUAGUUUAUACUUUUCUUUGUAUACUGUACAUAUAAUUCAGUCUAGGAUUCAAGGUCUAACUUUACAGUAACAAAAUUAAUUGGUUGAAUCUUUUUUUAAAAGCCUUGUCUGCAUAUCUAUGUAUGAUCAGUGAUCACAACGUGUAUGUGGGGAGUUUUUAAACACUUAAUUCAGCAUUUCUUGCAUAAACUGACUGUUUUUGCAAAUAUUAAUUUAAUAUCUGAUGGAAUGAUAAAAGUACAUUAUUUAGGUACACUACAGUAAAUUAAUGUAGCAUUACCAAGAUGUAAGUCAAAUUUAAAGUGGCUUAAUUUUGUGCCACUUCUGAUAAAAUGCACUUGAUGUUUUGACUCAUUAAGAAGUUUGAUCAUUACUUUCAUUUAAUAUGAUUAUAUAAUGUGCAGGGAGCUUGUUAUUGUUCUUAUUUAUUAACACAGAUUUUAUCAUUGUUUUAGAGAUUAUUUGUUAAUGUUUCAAAAACUUUCUUACAAAGUAUUUUUGGUGCCUUAGAGGAAAUGAGGUGCCUUGAGUAGUGGCAGUAUAUGUAUGGCAGCUCGAUGAAGCAGGAACUAAGGUGAUAGCCAGUUAUGUUUUCCAGCCUUAGUUAACAACACAAUAAAUGUACUUAAAGCAAUGGCCCUAGUUUCCACUAGGUUUACCAGUCUUAAGUAGAAUUCUUAACAAUUCACCAAUCCCUAUGAUAUGUGACGUGGGUGGUUUCUGUAUCUUUUUGCGCAGGUUUGUCUGCCCUGCGAUUGUGCCAGCAGUAGCUAGUUGGGAUGCUUCUGAUUCCUAACUCUACAUGGGAGUUGGAUAAUAUUUUUAAACAUGACCUAUGUUCUGUAUCCCAUAAGGCACUCUGGUUACGUCAUCAGUAUUUCAAAUCCCCACAUUCAUCCGCAGUCUGCUCAAGUGAUUUACGGACGUCCCAAGUGCCUUUGUCUGCAGCUGUUUAGUGGCCAUUCAGCUCCUCCCUGGGUCAUUAUACUGGUCAAAAGUUGUGACCCAGGUCGUUAAGAGGUCACUUUGGCAGCUCCCAAGCUACAAGUAAAUUUGUGGCAAUAGGUUAAGUUUCAUGUUAAUUAUUAAGACUGAACAAAUACCAAGCGUUGACCACACACUUGCUGUUUGUUCUGGUAUUAUUAUCAUUAUCAUCAUAUUAUUACUAUUAUUGCUCCAGUAGACAUGAAUUUUAUUUUAUCAGGAAAUGUACAUGUUCAUUUUUUUUAUGUUCAUAGUAUGGUGUCUUUUGUGAUAUACAUCUAGCAUGCAAUGUUGUUUUUAGUUUGUCUUAUAGUGGCCAUAUUUGUUAGUUUUACAAUGAAUAGUUAGAAACUCAGCAGCAAGGCUCUUGUUUUUCAAUCUUUUUUUAAUGUGGUGAAGGGUUCCUAGUAUAGAUUAAAAGAAAAAAUAUCACAGCUACCAAUAUUAUAUUCAUAUCAAACUUUCUUAGAAAAAUAAUCCAAUGAUAAAGUUUUAUACUAAUAGAUUUAAGAUUAUGACCUGAGAGUUGGCUUGCAUUUUCUUAAGCCAUUUCAGGUUGUGUCCUUCCCAAUCUUUCUGCACAAGUUUAUGAAAGUUAGUUUCCCUAUAUACCUCAAGAAAGCAAUGUAUUAAGUAUUAAAUUUAAAAUUGUGUACCAUUAACUGACCGUGUUAAACUUGAUACAUUGUUUCAAGCUGAGGACUUGUCUUUCCAUGAUCCUAGAGUUACUGAUUUCAUAAACUGAUACUUAUCAAUGUUGCCUUGCUUUAUAAGGUCCUGUCCCAGUCCUAACAAUAAUUUUUCACUGUACAGUAUAUGUGGGACUGUAAUGGGAAAUAACCAAUGUAAUUGGGUAGGUAGCAGGCCAUGCCAGUUAAAGUAUGAAAGAUUUUGUGAACAUUUCUAGCCAAUUGCCUUCUCUUGUUCUGUCUAAUCAGCACAUCGCCAUAUACGUCCAACUAUUUGCUAGGAGUUGUUUACUUAAUCUUCAUACCAUGACUGUAAUCUUGCCCAACCCUGAUCUAUGGUAUUAGCUUAUGGCUCACAAAUCAUGGUGAGAUUUAAAAUGACAAAAAUAGGAAAAUUGAUUUGAAAAUGACAAUCGAAGUUCUAUAAGAAAGUGUGGCUUGGUUAUGAUCAACUUGUGAAGUCUCCUCACUUGGCAUAAAACCACUGCUGCAAGAAGAUAUUUUCCUCUUUUUGACAUGUAUAUAAAUGCCACCCAAGUGCUUACGAUGCAGGGGGGGUGACGUAGCAUCCGCUCCCCCAUGAAAUUAAGUGUAUGCUGAAGCAAUGUAAAUAAAUUUUAUCUUCAAAUGA